CUGAUAACCACCAAGACGUCCGGUACGAUCGACCUAAGCUAACUGCAGUUUCGCCUCCAAAUAAAAAUACAUCUUAAUUUAUCAAUUUAAAGUCUAAACUCGUUUAACGCUACCAAUUAUAAUAAAUAAUGAAUGACCGACCGCAUAGAUAAGGUUUCCCGAGGGUUGAUUCUGAUGUUGUCCUACUAUCCGUCCCGCUUUUCGCGGAUCAAAUGUCAGAGACGACACUACACGUUUUAAUGUAAAUUGAUUUGAAUAGAAUUUGUUCGCCGGUUCGUUUAGUUUACGCUCGGCCGUCGUACGUAGAGAAACUAAAACUAGUUUCCGUGUUUUGGUAGUUUUGGUGCUGCGUCGUUUACGAGAGAGUUUUGUGACUGAACGAAUUAGUGCUAGUGCGUAGUGAAGUGUGUUUAAAUGACGUUUUAACAUUUGUUUAACCUAUAUCGGUUAGUCCUAAUUACAUUGUGUGGUUCGUCGCAAAGCUUAAGCCGACUGCUGCAAGUUGAAAGGCGAUGGCCGAAGAACCACUGAAGCUUUACUGGGACCACUUCUUCAAAGCGGAGACUGGCACUUAUGAGAAAUCAACAUGGUUGGACCUGUUCUUAGCCGAGUUCCUUGUCAGACUUAAUGGUGGCGCUAAUCCGAAGGAACUCAUAAAUUUUUGUCCCGUGAGCGGAGUGGUGACACUAGUGGGUUGUGAGUUGCUUUGCGGGAUCCACCGCGUGACGUCUUCGUUGAGCGCUCACAGUUCACCCAAAGAAAAUGAUGUUACAGCACCAGUUGAGGAAAAAGAAGACCGUCCGACAAGUUUGUUCACAAAGACCAACUCACAGUCGACCGGAGAAGUGCUGCGCAAGUACUUGUUGGGAGGCGUGGCAUGGCGCUGUCUGGCGCUGCUCAGAGCAUUAGGAGUCGAGGGCCUCUCAUGCUGUCGCCAACUGAGCUCCGUCCUUAUCUGGCUGUUCGGCGAGCUGAGCGCGGGCGCGUCCACUCCGGCGCAGCCGCGCCCGCGCGCCCGAAGAGCGCCCAUACACCAACUAUUUUCCAAUAGGAUAUGGUCCAAACAAAAGCCUGCUGGCAGUCCGGCAUCAAAAAUCAACAACACUACAGUAUCCGAACGGAGUACGACGGGACGAUCGAGACACGUAAGCCAAAGUAAAGACGCCGAUGUCAAAACGAAAAGGAAGACGCUUAAGCAAGAACUUUCUUCCGAGUCUGCUGACUCCAACGACGACUUGCAAGUUCUAAACCGAUCGCUCGCCAUCAAAGUUUCAUCCCCCGACGAUUUCGAGUACUUCAACUCGCCCCUAAAGUCUUCCAAUGAGUACGCCAAUGAACUUUACAGUGACCCUUUUCAUUCGCCAAAGAAAACAAAACCAAAACCGGAUGAUUAUAUGAGCGAAAAGCAUAGAGAGGUUAUCAAUUCUGAGAUAUCCGCGUUUGAAUUCAUCCUCAUGAUCACGGAUUUACUACAGGAACUGUGUAAAGCCGAAAGCAGCUUGUCGGGUUCAGAAGGUUCACAAAUAUCAAUGCAGUGUAUAAAUUUCUCAUUAAAAAACCUAUGCUCUCUACAGUUUGGUUCGCUGCCCGCUUGUUCUAAGAGUGCGGACGAAGUCUCCCACAUAAAAGUCGCCCUAACAGAACUACUAAUAGUCUCUUUAGACAAAGUUCUCAUCCGGUCCGACCUGUGUGCCAAACUAAUAAACAAUGGCAUACUACCGAUGCUGCUAAGAAUAUUAGAGGACGUAAUCUGCAAAUCUAGCUCUAAGUACCAGAAGAAGUCUGAUCAGAAUCUCGCCUAUGAUACUUUAACAGAGGCUCAGUCUGACGAUAUGCUCAGAUUCGUUUUCGGCAUAGCGUAUUCUAUCACAGCUUUCUUCCACUGUCUUCUUAUGCAGUGUCGCACCCUGGACAAUUUAAGGGAAUUCACCGACCAGUUCAAGUUGUACGGGGAGUGUCUAAAAGGCGGUCUACUCAGAGAAUGCGUCGAGUUGAUGAUCAGGAUACGAGGCGUCGAUUACGAUGAGGCCGUCACGCUUAUAAAGAAACUGUUAGAGUCCGUCGGGAAGCUAAUAAACGGAAUGAAGAGGGUGCGGAGUGAGGUUGUGCAUUCUGCAGCUUGCCCCCGUACUAGACAUAAGGUCUGCCGUGCGCGGGUCGCGGCGGGCAUGCAUCACCACCAUGACAUUCUAGGCGAGGCCAGCACAGAUCUUCCCUUAUCGUCCACUUGUUGCGUAUCAAUUCUAUACGGUACACUGGCUUGCUUGUUAACGGACGAGGAAGUAUCAGCUCAGGCCCCGCUCAGACAUAAAUUACUGCGUGUUAUGUUAAACUCUGGCGUCUGCUGUUGCUUUUCCCCUGGCCUGCUAAUGGAAAAUAUUGUCCGAUUGAUGUUAACGCACGACUCCGUCGCUUCGAAAUGUCUCCAAGUUUUAGAACAUACUGUGUACGGGGAUUUGGGAGCGAGCGUGCUGAUACCGAAGGUCACAGAUCAGCUCCCUUGUUCUAUUUGCGAGCCGAGCGAUGACAAAAGGCUCGCCAAGAAACACUGCCUCUACUCCGUUAGCCCGGUCGAUCGAAAGAGUAUAUGGUCAUUCUUGAUCCACUAUAACUCAUUACUACAACUGGAUAAUCAUAAUAAUGUGUUGCAUGCGACUGUGUCCCAUUUGCUUCGAGUGACACCAAAGUGUCGGUUAGAAAUGAAGCACGAGUUACUCUUCAGCGUGAUAUACCCGACUUUCAUAGUCGCCAAACAUAGAUACAUUAUUAGAAUGGAGGACUCGGCCUAUUUCCUGACCGUAUCAUGUCUAAAUAUAUUUUCCAGUUUACUAAACACGGUGUCUUUUGCCGAUCAGUUCAUUCAAAAAGGUGGCCUUAGCUACGUACUGGAACUCGUCUCCCUACCAGAAUUCUCAAACCAGUGUUGUUCCAUACUCGAAAUAGCUAUUACCGUUGAAAUAUUCAAAUUGAUCAAAGAGAAUACAAACACGACUUAUUAUAGAGACAUGAGCUCUCUAGCAUCUAUCCAAAUGCUAUUCAAGUCUCUGUCAGAAACUACCCAGAGAUGCUUCAAAAUCUACCGGCUUAAACUUCCGGAAGAAAAAUUCAACGAGCUUUCUGACGUCGCGGAGGAAAAGAAACAGCUAUCAUUCAAAGAGAAACGCCGUGACUCGUCGCAAACAAGAAAAGUGUCGAUCUCUAUGCCGAAAGCGAUAAAAACGAACUUUGCUGCGGGUGAGAACGUGAUAGAAGAAUCUAUAGACGACUACUUAGAGGCUUUGAAAAGUGCAUGGACUUUCUGGAAAUCAUGCGCGGCACUGUGUCUUUAUAGUCCCGUGUUCAGACAAUACGUGGUUGACGAGGACGUGUUCUUGGACAGUUUUGCGCUGCUGCGAGUGUUAUUGUAUUUCGUGAGUAACUGCGAGAUCGCGCCGGCGGAGAUGAGACUGCUCAUUAAGAUCGUGGAGGCCUUGCUGACGGUACAAUUUGCCGUUUCAGACGUAACAUCCGACCGUUCAAAAGACGUCAGCUGCGCUGUGGUCCGAGCGGCGCUGCACAACGCGGGUACUGACGGUAGCGCGGCGUUGCGAGCGCUGUGUGAGGCGCUAGUGCGCGUCGCUAUUGCUGAACCAAGCGCUGCGCACGCCAUGCCGCCACCUCCACCGCAAGCAAAGGUGCCGCCCCUCCUUUGCCCCUCCGGCAGUAGCUCAGUGGAAGGCUCCUCUAGCGAGGAGAGCGUUGCAGUGCCCUACGCGUCCGACCACAGCGAGCCUUACAACCGCGCCGACGAGGGGUACGAGGCGGACGUGGAAAUAGGCAAAUAUGACCCGCUAUCAACGUACAAAUCACGCAAGGUGUCCGAAUCGUUGUCUUCUUUGAGCAGCCCUACUGGUACAGAGCCUGCUUUGGGACCAGCAUGCUUUCAGUACGCGGAAAGCGGGCGGCUAGCGCACCCCGAGCUAUGCGUUAUCGUGCUAGACAUACUCACAGACCUAAUACACAAACUAGUAUCGGAACCCGACGGGCAAGAUGGCGCGCGAUUGUCGGGCGCGUCGUUAGCGCGCGCGUGUUGCACUCGCCUCGCCGCCGCGCUGGGCCGCGCGCGGGCGCCGCCGCCGCCGCUGCUGGGCCGGCUGCUGGGGCCCAAGACCGCCGCCUUAUUGGAGUUGAGGGAUCCUGAUCUUGCAGAUCUUCAACGCAGCAUCUUAGAGCUAAUCCACGUGGUGGCCAUGCGGUCGAUAAGCGCCUCUGAGCUGGCGCUGCUGCUGCGGCUGUGCGCACGGCGGGCGGCGCUGCCGGCGCUAUUACCAGCGCUGCUUCGGCUGGCCGGGGACGCGGAGCCCGCGCCGCUUGCCGUGCUCGCCUUCCCUGUCACACAGUUUACAGAUGCCGGGCCCCUGGGGCGGAAGGACGGCUUCGAGGACGUGAGCGCGCCGGCACACUGUGCACACGCAGAGGCGGCGGCGCGGGGGCUCCGAGAGGCCCAUCUGAAGGCCGGUUUGAACUCGGCUUGGGCGCUGCACGCUAUGCGCUGCGGCGCGGAGGGCGCGGGCUGGGCGCCGUGGCUGCAGGGCUUCGCUCUCACUACCUGGCUACGUCGCACGACGCCCAACGAACCAGCGAAUGAAUGGAAGGGCUCGGAGCGUUCACUCGACGCGAUGGAUGAGGACAUAAACUCGGAACUACACGUGCUGACUAUUGGACACGACUCGCUCCUGCUCGAGCUUUGGCUGCACACAGACUCCGGUGCGUUCACACUACGCCUUUCGCGCCCCGAAAUAUCAUGCUACAAAGUGCUAAGUGAAACCCGCGUGGACGCAGCACUACCACCCGCGCAGUGGUGCUGCGUAGCCCUUAACGUUAAGGAGGUCGUGCAUAAGCGAAAAAUACACAUACAGGUGACACUUUACAUAGAUGGAUGCGAGUGUGAAACUGUGUCACUGCCUUUACAAGGCAUCCUGGUCCGCAAAGUGACCCCCACGCACCUGCUGGUCGGUCACUCGGUGGCGGCGCUCGGCGGCUACCACAUGUCGGGCUGCUGCGUGUACCGCGCGCCCGUGCUGGGCGCCGCCGCCGCGCUGCACGCCGCCGCGCACAAGCCUGAGCCGCACCCGCACCUCAAGUGCAAGGUCGAUAAUGAAAUUCCAAACUACUCAAGACUCUUGACUCCGAACGUGCUCGACUCAAACAUCGAUUGGGAUCAGGUGUACGAUAUGUCCGGAGCGGCACUUCGUGAGCUGAACGAGAAUCUGUUGCUAUCCUUCAGCGCGCACGCACCUAAUAUCGUCAAUCUCUACCACCAGACGACGCCAUUACCCACAGUAUUUUCCACUCGCAACCCGGGUCCGAAGCCAGUGGCGGGCGCCUGCGUCCCCGAGCCGCUAGCAUGCACCUGGACCGUGCGCUGGAAAGCGUCCGGGCACUGCGGCAUCGCGCCCGCAGUCUACAUGCUGGGCGGGCCGUCUGUGCUGCUGUAUCUGUUCGCCAGGGUAGUGGAAAUGGGGGCGAGCGCAGAAGAACAAGCCAUGGCAUUGGGAAUAGUCCUUCGCGUAUGCCGAGCUGACAACAGGCUACGGUCGGCAUUGCACGGCGCUGACGGCUUGGAGCUGCUGCUGCGAGUGUUCGGGGCGCCAAAGUGUCGCCUAACUCGUCUAAUGCUGCAGGUGAUCUUAGAGGAAGCCUGCACUAGCCCCGUCUUAACUUCCACCGGAGCUGGAUUGGUGGUCAGCGGUGCCGACGCUGUUGUACGCGAGCCUGCGUUACUGGCGCUACUAGUGCAGGCCAGCCGCCAUCUCGACACGGAGGAGGAACUGGAAUGGGAAGUGGAGGGCGAGCGCAUGCGCGGCUCUCUCUGGGCACUGACGUUGUGCUGCAUACGUGCGCUGCUGGAAGACGCGGGCGCACGGCGGUGGCGCGCCUUCAACCAGCAGCAGCUGCACCGGCACCAUCUACUACGGUUGUUGCUAGCUGCUUGCAAGGAACGUUUCCUAAACUCGGAGGACAAUCCAAGCCGCAGCCCGGACACGGCAGGCGCCUGCCUCGUUGGGGUGGUGGGGGGCUUGCUUGGCUCACCGCCCCUCCCCUGCCAUCUGGCGGAGCUGUGCGACUUCCUACUGCUGAUGCACCAGGCAAGCGACACGUUUGUGACGCAUUCGCGGGCGAACUUCUACUUCCUCCUAACGGCAGACACCCAGGACACCAGCGAGUUCAUGAUGAAGGCGCGGCGGCGGGAGCAGCCCGAGCCCACUGACAGCGGGAGUCUGCGGGAGGAGGACAGCAAGCUGAUGAAGGGCAUCAUCAACAUGCAGAUAAAAGAGGGCAGGAAACACAAUAUCUCAUCCACGUCAGAGAAUUCGGAUUUAAUUAUUGAAACUAGCGGCGACAUGUUGGACCUCGUAGAAAACGAGGUCGCGCCCGACGACGCACUCAGCGGGUACAUAGUGGUCGACGUGGACGAUGUAGCACACACAACCGUCGAGAUGUACUCUAGCGGUAUCUACCAUGAGAAGCGAGUUCGCGCCGGCGCCGCGCCGGGGUGGACGGCUUGCGAGGGUCUACUGCUUCUCCUGAGAGACGCCAUCUUACUGCUCUCCGAACACGACUUGGCGCAGGCGAUGCAAGGCGCCAUCCAGCCUGAGGCGCUGGUCGUGCUCGCGAACCACCGCGACGCGGGCGUGCGCGCCGCCGUGCUGCGCGUGGUGGGCGCGCUGCAGCGCCGCGGCGUGCCCGCGCUGCAGCCGCGCGUGCCGCACAAAACUUACCUCUACAGACAUCUAGCCAACCAGAUAGCAUUGUAUCCGAGCUCCGUGGAGCUGGCGGCAGCAUGCGCCGCCCUUGUCACCAAAUGCGAUGUACCGUUGGAAGACCAGCUUGAGGAUGAUAUCUGGGUGGAUGUUUCACCUGAAAUGCUACACUGUGCGGCUCCGCUCUUAGCAAUGCUGCCAGCCUGCUUACACGAUCCGCCGCUUGCGCACAACGUGUCUCUACUCGUUCGCCGCAUUAUUGACAAGGGUUCCCUAAAACUGCUUUCCGAAAUGUGCGUGGCCGAGGUGGCCGUGCGCUGUAUACGCGACCUGGGCGCGACCGGGGAGUUCAACGGACGGGCGCUACUGCUGUCCGACAUGGGGGCGCUACUUGCCAAGCUCGCGGUUAAGGCGCUCGAGUCACACCACCACAUGCAGCUAAACUUGCUCUCCGAAAUGAGCGUGGCCGAGGUGGCCGUGCGCUGUAUACGCGACCUGGGCGCGACCGGGGAGUUCAACGGACGGGCGCUACUGCUGUCCGACAUGGGGGCGCUACUUGCCAAGCUCGCGGUUAAGGCGCUCGAGUCACACCACCACAUGCAGAUAAUCACCGAUAUGCAUCAUAUGCUGACAUAUGUGGAAUUGACGGCCGAAAGCGAGAACAUAGCGCGAGCCGCACGCGGUGCCCAGGUGGCAUUGUUCGUGGCACAACUCGACCACUUGGACAUAGCCAGCCGCGCGCGUCAGAAAAAUAACAACUACUUUACUAAUGUGCUUUCAUCAGCAGUAUCGCUGGGUACAGAGGGAAUAUCCCAAACGGAACUGGAAGCUCGACACUUAGCCACCGUCACUGCGGCGGUGAACUUCUUGCAGUCGCGGUCACCCGCGCUGCCGGUCCACUCCGAGGGCGAGCUAGUGGAACAACUACUAGUCAUGCUUAUAGCCGCCGUGAGCGGGGGUCUCCCAACGCGGCGGGCGUGGUGGGCAGGCUCCGGUGGGGAUGGAUGGCUGCGUGCUCUACGAGAGCUAGUGUGGUGGGUGGGCGCACCAGCUCCGGGCGCACGCACGCUACAACCGCACCUACUGCGUGCACUGCACGCCGCCCCACACGUGGCCACCAUGCUCAAGCCUCCACCACCUUGCAGAAAGUUGGCAGUGUACCUGCUCCUGAUGUUGCGUCACAUGCACACGCUAGCCGAGAACGGCGGCGAGGGCGUUGAACUCGCCAUCACAGACUGGGCGCGCGGCUGGUGCAUGGCGCUCCAAGAUGGGCUUGAGAACAGGCUCGGAGCUGCGCUACAAGACGAGGCUGCUGCCCUACUGAGAGUUGACGAGGAGCGCUGGGCCAAGACUACCCACCACUACAACGCCAAUAUUGGCAAAAUAAUCUUCAGCAAGGAGUCUCUAGCGACGCGUCUAACCGAGUCAGCAAUGGCAGCAACGCGAACCGUAGUGGACGCACAAAACGGAGAACGCAAGGCGUUUAUGGAAGUGCUGCGGCGCUCGCAGUCUUCUGCUGCCGUCGCAACGAGGCGCUGGCAGCGACUGGCCGACCAUCUCACUCAUGAGCAAGCAUUAUGGCACGAUCCGGAAUCGUACCCCGUGUCAUGGGAGCUGGACGGCGCGGAGGCGCCGGGCCGCGUGCGCGUGCGUCUGCGUCGCGCCCAUCUCGCGCUCAAACCGCGCUUCCUUAAGCCCAGCCACCAGCACAAGCCUGUACUGGCAGAAGCAGCUGCGCGCAGCACAGUCAUGCUUCGCAGCAUCACGGGCGACGCGGGGGGGUUCCGCGGGGGGCUAGUAGCGCGACUACAGCUACACGAGACCGUGGCGCACAUGGCACGCGUCACGCUCGUCACCGUGGCGCGAGAGCGAGACGGGGAAUUGCUGCUCACCGACAGGUGCAUCCACUUCGUUCCGGACUCGUUAGGAGACGCAGAAGGCGAGGAGGCGCUGAGUUGGGCCCUAGAAGACGUUCGACACGUGGCCACCCGACGGUGGUGCCUGCAAGAACGGGCCGCGGAGCUGUUCCUAGCUGAAGGCAGGGCGUGGCUGCUGGCGUUCGCGGGGAACGCCGAGCGGACUGCGUUCCUGCAGCACACCGCCAAGCACUUACCCACUAGAAUGGAGCCCGAAACCUUAUCCGAGGCUAUGAACCAAUGGCGCAACGGCACCAUCACCAACUGGGAGUACCUCAUGAAGCUCAACGGCCUCGCGGGCCGCACCUACAACGACCUUAUGCAGUACCCCGUCCUGCCUUUCGUGAUAGCUGACUAUAGCAGCAGGAUACUGGACCUUAACGACCCUGCCACGUUUAGAGAUCUAAGCAAGCCCAUGGCCAUACAGAAUAAGAGCAGGGAGCAGCAUUAUAUCAAUACAUACAAUGAUCUAAAAGCAGCCCGCCGAGAAGGUUGCGGCGCGCUAGCGUCACGCGAGCCACAUCACUAUGCAUCGUUAUACUCGAACCCUGGUUGUGUGUUACACUACCUCGUACGGCUACCCCCAUUUACACAACUGCUGCUGCACUACCAAGAUAACAACUUCGACAUGCCGGACCGCACGUUCCACUCGUUGGCGACAACGUGGCGACUUAUCACCAACGACUCGCCCACCGACGUGAAGGAGCUCAUUCCCGAACUGUACUACCUGCCCGAGCUGUUCCACAACGACGAAGGCUUGAAUCUCGGCAUGCGUCAAUGCGGCGCGUGCGUGGACGACGUGGAACUCCCAGCGUGGGCGGCGGAUGCGCGCCUGUUCACACUUGUCCACCGCCAGGCGCUCGAGGCGCCGCUGGUCACCGAGAGCCUGCCGCACUGGAUCGACCUAGUGUUCGGCUACAAGCAGACCGGCCAGGCCGCCAUCGACGCCGUCAACGUGUUCCCGCACUGCACCUAUUACGGGUUCGACCCGGAGAUGUUGUCCGACGAGGUGGACCGCACGGCGGCGGCCGCCAUGGUCCGCACGUACGGCCAGGCGCCGCGCCAGCUGCUGCGCGCGCCUCAUCCGCACCGCGCGUCCGACCUGGCGCCAACUACUGACAGACAGCCACAAGUAUGGGCGGGAGUGGAAGGCGCGCGCUGGGGCCGGUACUGCGGCUCGCCCGCGCUCGGCGCCCCGCGCGUGGCGCUGCGGCGCGCGCUGGGCGGCGCCCGCCUGGCGCCGCUGCCGGAGCGCGCGCACGCCGCCGCCGCCGCGCCGCCGCACAACGCGCUGCUGGCGUUGCCCGCUGAUCACGGCGACGUCUCGACCAACUCGUCGGGCGAUACCUGUCUAGCUCUGUUAUCGUGGGGCCACUCGGACGGCGUUGUGCGUCUCAAGCGCCGCCGCGACGCGCCGCUCGAGCCCGUGCUGCGAGUAACCCCUCUUGACCAGAUCACAGCAGUGGCGACAUCGUGCACGUCAGCCUCAUGUCCGGUCGUGAUCGGGCACGCGUCCGGCCGCGUGCUAGUGCUGCGGCCGCGGCGCGGCGGCGGCGCCGCUCUACGUGCGCGGUCGCUCGCGCUGCACGCGCACGACGCGCACGUCUCCGACGUCGCCGUGUGCGUACCCGCCGGGCUGCUGGUCACCGCUAGUGUUGAUGGCAAGAUCGUGCUGUGGGACUUGAACAAGCUGACCUACAUCCGCACGCUCCCCAACCGCGACAUGCUGCCCGUCACGCACGUGGCGAUCAGCGAGACGCUCUGCGAUGUUGCCAGCGUGCACGACGUCACGGCGCCGACGACGAGCACGCCCACCGCCGACGACGACUCGUACGAGAAGGACGCGGAGAACUACAAGUCGCUGAUACGCGUGCAUACGGUCAACGGGAGGUUUGUUGGUAGCGUGAAAGUAGCAGAACGAGUAACAUGCAUUUGCUACUCGAACGCGCCGGAAGGCGUCAGCGUGAACGCAAUAGCGUGCGGGGACCGCAGCGGCGCCGUGCGGUUCUACAGCGCGUGGGACCUGCGCCCGCUCGGCGUGCUGCCGGCCGCGCACACCGCACCCGCUGCACUCGGCGUAGUCAGCUUAACAUACAGCCUGGACAGCGAGAUCCUGUUCGGGUGCUACGCGGACGGCACGUGCGUGGCGUGGCACGGCGGCGGCGCGCGGCCCACCGUGCAGCUGCUGCCCGCGCACGCGCUGUUCUGACGCUCGCUGCGCGCGCGCUGCUGCCUCGCGCCCGGCUAGCGGGGUCACUCACCCCGGCUACUGUCGCAGCCUACAUAACUUGAACACGAUCUCGAUUGAUCAAUCACCGACUUGGACGAUUUUAAGUGCGCGUAGACAAAACGUGAGUUUAUGUACUUGUGAUUUAUCGUUUUUCUGGUGCUCAAUGCGCUCAGUAAACACGCGUUGAUAAAACGGUAGCCCAGUAUUCGAGAUAAGACGGAAUUGUAACCGCUAGUGCAUGGCUACGGAUUGGUAUUGUUGUCUAUAAAGUAUUAAAACCCGCGCUUUCGAAAAUGUAAAAUGCAAUGACAGGCAAAUAGCGCGCAUUUAGGUUUUCAUGGAGCAGAUUAACCUGAUUAACGUAAACAGCCUUACCUUCUUUUUACUUGAUCUUAUCAAAGUAUUGGUCAUAGGCUCAGGCCAAUUGUGCGAACGAUGUGUAUCACGCAUUAUUUCUUGUGGCUGGCUAAGGCUACAAGAAAUGCAUCUGAAUUUAAAUAUGAUCAAACUUUUAUUCGAAAAAUUUGAAGUCACGAAUCUCAACGUCUGAUAAAUGUUGUUUCGUGAAAAUACGCUAAAAUAUAGACUUACCCAAUGUAAAAUAAAUAUGAUAUAGCAAUAAUAAUUAUCAUUCUUAUAAUGUGUACUGGUUUUGUGUUUGGAAUAUAGAUAGUUUUAAGAUGAAUGUUUGUCUUCCGUCAGAGCCUAGCGAAGUAUGUAGGUAUACGUAUAUUAUGUUAUAAAUCUAUGAUAUUGCCAUGUAUUCGAAAACAUUGCAGCUUUCUUUAUUUAUACUGUUAAGAGACUUGUUAUGUGUACUCUAUGGAGUAAAAUUGUAUCAUAAUAUUCAUAACAUAUUCCAAUCACUAAUCAUAUUUUAGCAAUCAGAAUGGAAAUCCAUUUCCUUUUUACAAAUACUUAAUGAUAUGAAGUAAGAGGCGUCAACGAACGAAAUAAUUGGUGCUCAGCGGGCGGUUUUAAUAGGGUAAACUACUCAAUUUUCGGUACCCCCAACGACUGGUAUUUUUCCUUGGGCAGUUUACCCUACCAGCCUCACAUAUUAGACAGUGGUUUAUUUGCUCAAAGCUAAGUAAUUAUGUAACGGUAUUUAUGCCUCAUUGGCCAAGCCAAAUUUUUAUCUUAGCAAUAACUUAUUUGUAAAAAAAUAAUAUAUUAUAUUAGGUAUGAUAAAAGUUUUAUAUUAGAAACAAAUUAAAGGCAACUGAAAUCAAAUAUUUAACUUAAAUCCACUUGUAUUUAAGAGGGUUUUUAUUGAACUUGGAUAUUAUUAUUUUUUACAGAGGAUGAGAGGAUUGACUGUGAUGAUGUGAUGAUGAAACGAAAACGCAAAUGUACCAAUAUAAACAAUCUUCAGGCACUGCGUUAAUUAAUUACCUAUAUUGUGCCUAUAAUGCAGUUGGUGGUAUCGUAACUUAGAAAAUGCGUAACCUAGACAGUAUAGAAAUAUUAAAUGCCAUAGAAAUGUUUUAUACUAAAUUGAACAUUGAAAUUUUACAUUGAACUUUAUCUCUCACCAUAGCAUAACCUAGAAACAUAAAUAUAAUACACUAUUUAUAUAUAUAUAUAUAUAUAUAUAUAUAUAUAUAUAUAUAUAUAUAUAUUGCUUAAUGUAUAUAUUUUAGCCGCGUACCUGAAGCGUCCACAGUAUAAAUUGUCAACAUAGAUAUAUUCAUUAAGAAAACAAUUGUUUUAUUUUAUUACUCUGUCAAAGAAUCAGUGUAGAAUGAUUUUCUUAUGCAAGCUAUGAAUAAACUUUCUAAUAAA